AUGACCAUGGAAUCUGCUGCUGUGGAUGACCAGAGUCAGGGCCCGACCAUUCUGGCAGCAUGCUGGGUUCUUUUCGCCAUCCCGGCCUUGAUGGCUGGCCUACGAUUCUGGUGCAAGGCCAAAUUGAGCCGUGGUCUGGGCUUGGAUGAUCUCCUGCUAGGUAUCGCACUGGCCGUGAACAUGGGCGUGGUGGGAAGACACGUUUUCGCCAUUGAGGACCAAGAAAAGAUACCACCGGCCUUGAAGCUGGUCUAUAUCAGCUAUGUGAUUAUCAUUAUCGGCUGCGUGUUUAGCAAGACCUCCUUCGCCUUUACUCUUUUGCGCAUUGUGACUCGCACUUGGAUGAAGAUUCUGAUUUGGAUCAUCAUCAUCUCCAUGAAUGCCAUCAUGUGGCUGUGCGCCAUCUGCUACCUGGCCCAAUGCAAGCCUGCUGAGGCUCUAUGGAACGUCAAGCUCAUGGCAACUGCCAAGUGCUGGCCCAGCCACGUGUUUGAGACAAUUGCGCUCACAGCUGGAGCCUACUCUGGAUGCAUGGACUUUGUCCUUUCCGUUCUCCCUUUUGUCGUCCUCUGGGAGCUUGAGAUGAAGAAGCGUGAGAAAGCGGGUAUUGCCCUUGCCAUGAGCAUGGGAAUCUUCGCCGCCGCAACCGCCUUCAUCAAUACCUCGAAGCUGGUCAACGUGUCCCAGGUUCAGGAUUUCACCUGGUUCUGCUCCACUAUUACGAGCUGGGCCUCCGUCGAGACAGGUCUGACCAUCUUCGCGGCGUCCAUUCCCGCCCUCCGCCUCCUCUUCAUCCGUAUGCGCUCCGGCUACGAUAACCCCAGCGACCCCUCGUCCAACUACUCCGGCAAGUCUUAUAACCAGCGCGGCACCCACGGCACAGACACGAUUGCGCUCGAGGACAAUGAUGCGGAAAGCCUCAAGAGCAUGUUGAGCAAGACGGCCGUCAAGACCGAGCGUCAGGUUGCCGUGACCAGUGAACGGGAUGCCAAUGCCGAGCGGGAGCUUGAGAGCCAGCGGAAUGCUUAA